AUGGAUCCUUCUGGUGCAGGAACAUGUGCGCAAAUUGCUAGGCAAGAUGCUAAUCGAAAGGUUGAUGAUGGAAAUACGAUACCGAGUUCCUAUGAAUCGGGUGGCGCGAAGACUUUUGAUCCAGUGGAUAUAGAGAUCGCGAAGCAAAACACCGGAUGGAGGAAGAUUGUUAGGAAUUUCACUCCUUCCUGGUUCUCCGUAACAAUGGGCACGGGAAUCGUAUCCAUCCUGCUCCAUAAUCUCCCCUACAAUGGCGCCUGGCUGAAAUAUAUCUCUAUUAUCAUAUUUGUACUCAAUAUCGUGCUUUUUUGUACAUUUCUUGGUAUUUCGCUGGUGAGAUAUAUUUUGUAUCCGCAAAUAUGGAGUGCAAUGAUACGGCAUCCAGCGCAAUCGCUAUUCCUGGGAACGUUCCCGAUGGGGCUGGCGACGAUUAUAAAUAUGAUUGUCUUUGUGUGUGUACCGGCUUGGGGAGGAUGGGUGGUUUAUUUAGCUUGGGCUUUGUGGUGGAUAGAUGCGGUUAUUUCUGUUGCGACUUGCUUCUAUCUUCCUUUCGUAAUUAUGUCUCUUCAUAAAGUCGAACUCUCAACUAUGACGGCCGCUUGGCUUCUCCCAAUUGUUGCCCCUAUCGUUGCAGCUGCUUCAGGGGGUAUCGUCGCUUCUGUCCUCCCCAACCCCCAACACGCCCUCUAUACCGUCCUAAUCUCCUACAUCCUCUUCGGAACCGGUUUCCCCCUCGCAAUGACAGUCCUAGUAAUCUACUUCCAACGUCUCACCGUCUACAAAAUCCCUCCUCGAGAAGUAAUCGUUUCUGUCUUUCUCCCCCUCGGUCCCCUAGGCCAAGGCGGUUUCGCACUCAUGCAAUUAGGAAAAGUUUCCUUGACCCUCUUCCCCCAAACCAACACUCUCCCCGCCAUCCCAGCUCCUGGUCCUGGCCCCAUUUUCUAUACUCUCGGUUUCCUAUUCGCGCUUAUCAUGUGGGGCUUUGGUCUCCUGUGGUUAUUCUUCGCGUUGGCGAGUAUUUCCCGAUCGAGAUUUCCAUUUAAUAUGGGAUGGUGGGGAUUUACCUUCCCGCUGGGAGUUUUCACAACAUCGACAGUGAUGAUAGGAGCAGAGCUUCCUUCGCGAUUUUUUAGAGUGCUAGGAACGGUUUUUAGUGUCUUGGUCACGGCGCUGUGGGUAAUGGUUGCGGUGGGAACGGUCAAGAGGGCAUUUUGGGGAGGGUUGAUUUUCGCGCCUUGUUUGAAGGAUGUGGAGGGGGCGGAGAGGGAGGCGAGGAUACAUUUUGAGGGGAGGGGGAAAGGGGGGAAGAAGGGGGAUAAGGAGAGUGGGGAUGAGAAUGGGAAUGGGGUUGUACAGAGGAGAACGGGGAUUCCAAGUCCGGUUUAG